AUCAUUUUUUCAUUUGUCAUUUUAUGGCCAACAACACUUUCUCAAAAUUACUACGUUCCAAUUCAAGAAAAUGAGUUGGCUUACGAAUUUCAUUACAGUAUCAAUGAUUUGCUCUCAGGCGUUGUAACACAUCGCUGGGAAUCGAAGUACGGUGAUUACGUAAAAGGAUCGUACAGUUUUCUAGAGCCUAAUGGUAUGAUAAGAAAUGUGAACUACGAAGUCGAUGGAAAACGUGGUUACAGAGCAAUAACGAAAUUUUUGAAACCACAACAAAGUAAAUAUAUUAUAAUAAUGUAUUUAUAGGUACAUUUUUCUAAACAAUAUAACCUAUACAAACAAGUCAAACAAGUUAUAUCUUUAACUUAAGUAUAGGUACAUGUACCAUUGGCCCAAGCAAUUUUCCUCCAAAAAUGAGAUACCUACCAUUUUCCUUCAAUAAAGAAUGGAGCAUAAAAAUAAUGUAUAUGUACACCUAAUACUAAUAAAAUAAAUGACAAAAGAAACAGAAAGACCUGACAAAUAAAAAAUAAAAUAUUACAAUAUUACUUAAA